CACUGGAGUAUUCCAGACCACAGCAACACUAUGCGGGGUCCAGUGAACCUCCUGCACCGCAGCACGGCCGUCGCAGCCGGUCCCGGCGAGCCGUCUCUGUCACCUUCCUCGCUGCCGCUGCCUCAUCCGGAGCAGCAGCAGAUGCUGUGCGCGCUCGUCUGCGUCCUCGGCCUCGCCCUCGUCUCCCGCUGCGCGUGUGGGCGACGACGCUCUAACUCUACUACAUCCUCCGUGCCUCUUCGCCCGAAAGGCCUCAAGAAGAAGGCCAUCAACGCGCUCCCCACCGUCUCCUUCACCGCGGCCGGUGCCUCACCGCAGCCAUCAUCAUCAGCGGCAGCAUGCUCAUCGUCAUUAGAGUGCGCGAUAUGCCUCACGGAGUUCACUGACGGAGAGAGCGUGCGCGUGCUCCCGCGCUGCGGCCACAACUUCCACGUGGCCUGCGUCGACGCCUGGCUUCGGACGUGCGCCACCUGCCCCUCCUGCCGCGCCCCCAUCAUCGCCACACCGGCUCAGCUGCCGGUUGUGCCAACGGUGGUCGUGGUGGUCGCAGCGGAGAACAACAGGUGUGGGAGGUGCGGCGAGCUGGAAGCGCCGGCUGGUGGCGGUGAUAGCACGUUCUUGCCUUAGCUUUUAUCUUACCCAUUUUCUAGCGUUUCCUUUAUGUUAGGUAGUUGUGUUAACUAGUAUCAGUUUGUUAGCUUGUAAUCAAUUGAUUAAUCAGGCUUGAAAUGUUUUUCCUGCAAAAGAGAAAAAAAUCCGUACUGUUAUUGCACCUUUUGCACCUUCAGUGCUCUUCCACCUUUCAAUUUUAUCUAGGUCAUUGUCAAUCCAAUGUAUUUGGCCACGUUAAUUUUUGUGGCAACUCUA